AUGGUCCGCCUCAGUCUUUUGGCACUCGCUGCCACCACGCAGCUCGCCCACGCAUGGCUGCCCAACGACGGCAGCAGGAAGCUCUUGGACACCCGCGGCUUCAGCCUCUUUGACAACCAAAACACCACGUCCGAUGACUCUGACGGCGUGAGCAAGCGCUGGUGGACGGCUUCCGGCAAGAUCAGGGGCGUCAACCUGGGCUCCCUGUUCGUCUUCGAGCCAUGGAUCGCCAACAAUGAGUGGAACAACAUGGGCUGCGGUGGUCAGCAGUCCGAGUUCGACUGCGUCAUGAACACGGGCCAGGAGAGAUCUGAUGCCGCGUUCCAGAAGCAUUGGGAUACGUGGAUCACCGAGGGUGACUUGGAUGAGAUGAUGUCCUACGGCAUCAACACCAUCCGUAUUCCCGUGGGAUACUGGCUGGAUGAGUCGUUGGUUGACCAGAAUUCUGAGCACUUCCCAAGGGGAGCUGUCAAGUACUUGAUCCGGCUCUGCGGCUGGGCUAGUGACCGCGGAUUCUACAUCAUCCUGGACCAGCACGGUGCCCCGGGUGCUCAAGUGGCGAAGAACUCGUUUACUGGUCAAUUCGCCAACACCCCUGGCUUCUACAAUGACUACCAAUACGGCCGGGCUGUCAAGUUCCUCGAGUUCUUGAGGAAGCUUGCCCACGACAACAAGGAGCUUCGCAACGUCGGCACGAUCGAACUCGUCAACGAGCCCACCAACUGGGACUCUUCCGUGCAGUCUCUCCGCAGCACGUUCUACAAGAACGGCUACAAUGCCAUCCGCAACGUCGAAAAGAGCCUCGGCGUCAGCGCCAACAACUACUUCCACAUCCAGAUGAUGUCCUCGCUCUGGGGCUCCGGCAACCCGACCGAGUUCCUCGACGACACCUACUUCACCGCGUUUGACGACCACCGCUACCUGAAGUGGGCCAACAAGAACGACGUGCCUUGGACGCACGACAGCUACAUCUCGACGUCGUGCAACGACAACCGCAAUGGCGACGCCUCGGGUCCGACGAUUGUCGGUGAGUGGAGCAUCAGCCCGCCCGACGAGAUUGAGAACUCGGACGACUGGAACCGCGACACGCAAAAGGACUUUUACAAGAAGUGGUUCGCUGCGCAAGUCCACGCCUACGAGAAGAACACCGCCGGCUGGGUGUUUUGGACGUGGAAGGCCCAGCUUGGUGAUUACCGGUGGUCCUACAGAGACGGUGUUAUUGCCGGAGUCAUUCCCAGGGACCUGAACUCGAUUGCCAGCUCGGGCGUCUGCGGUCAGAGGUUGAGGUAUAAAGGCAGGGCUCGUCUCGUCUUCAUCGGCAUCAUCAUCAGCAUCAGCAACUACUACUUCUUCACCACCAAGAUCAUCACCACCUUACCGAACAUCAACAUGAAGGCCGCCCACGUCAUCGCCCUUCUGGGUGCCACUCUGGCUUCUGCCCAGUUCACCAACCAGACCAGACCCUUCUGGCUCAAGUUCACCCCCUGCACCGGCGGCUCCGGCGAGACCUACCUCGCCUCGUGCCACUCCGGCGCCGGUCAAGCUGGUCUCUGCCCCGAGACCACGGAGCCCGUCCAGGAAGCCAACCGCCCCACGACCCACACAAACUACUUCCUCAACGAGACCCAGUCUGACUACAAUGGCCACCUCCUCGGCGCCCUGACCUGGAACCAGCCCAUCGGCAACGGCGACCCAGUCUCCUCAGGCAUGAUGCUCAACCUGCAAAUCGUUAGCAACGGCGCCAUUCCCAUCUUCUCCCCCGGCAACACCGCCCUCUUCACCCUCGGCUUUGACGAGAACGAGAAGCUCUUCAUCUACUCUCGCGCGGACGACUCCAAGGCCGUCGCUGGCUCGCAAGCUCCCUAUGGUGACGAGGCGUACUACCGAUGGCACGUCUGCUACACCUUUGUCGGCAACUACUACUACCGCUCCCUCGUCUGGAUCACCGCCGGCCCGGCUUCCAACCCUACCUGUGAGGCUGUCGAUGUGUACCGCGAGUGGGCCUAA